AUGGUCCCCCGGCGUGGUGACGCCGUUUGUACUUCGCGACGGUGUGAGCUGCGCCACCUGGCUGCGUGGGCGGAGCGCGUGAUAACACGCAGGCAAAUCGAUGUGCCUGUUGAUAGAGUUGGAGUCCGAUACCUACGCCUCCAACAGUUCUCGCCCCGUGUUGUUGCCGGCUCGCGCCAAUAUCCGCGUGUUGGCGAAGUCGAACUCAUGGCCUUCCUCCAGCGUGAGAGUUGUUACUUGAGAUAGUGGGUCGUCCACGAUACGUUCGUCAUUAUUGAAAAGGACAAGCUAUCCGGUUUUCAAGACUUACUUAAUAGCAUAUUCGCCGACAUUCAGUUUACAAGAGAAGACGAGGAGGACGAGAAACUACCCUUCCUGGACGUGCUCGUCACGCGCACACCUGACGGUGAACUCAGCACUACAGUGUACAGAAAGGCGACCAAUACAACCCAGGUCCUCAACUAUCAUAGCAACCACCCAUUGGUGCACAAACGGAGCUGUGUGAGGGCGCUUUUCGACCGGGUAAAAACGCACUGUAGCGAGCCCGAAGGAAGGAUGCAAGAACUAAAGGCAUCUCCGGGACCAAUCAACAAAAAACGGCCACCCAAACAGUUUUAUCAGUGACUUCAUACGCACGCACCAACGCCGGACAAACGGAAGAGAGACACCGACAAUUUGGCACUCCCUACCGUACAUAAAGAAUGUGUCCGAGGCUACAAAACGUAUUACGUCAGAGUUAGGUGUGGGCAUCGCUCAUCAUCCGGCGGCCACCAUGCGUAGCAGGAUCAUGAAAAUGAAGGAUCGGCUGGACGCAGGUGAACAGUCGGACGUAAUCUAUCAAAUCCCGUGCCAAACCUCUCCUUGCCACUAUACAGGCCAGACAGGACGACGUCUCAGCUCACGAAUAAUUGAGCACAAACGGGCCGUUCGGAGAGGCGACCCACUAUCUCAAGUAGCCACUCACACGCUAGAGGAAGGCCAUGAGUUCGACUUCGCCAACACGCGGAUAUUGGCGCGAGCCGGCAACAACACGGGGCGAGAACUGUUGGAGGCGUGGGUAUCGGACUCCAACUCUAUCAACAGGCACAUCGAUUUGCCUGCGUGUUAUCACGCACUCCGCCCACGCAGCCAGGUGGCGCAGCUCACACCGUCGCGAAGUCCAAACGGCGUCACCACGCCGGGGGACCAUCGUGGACCAGGCGGCACAAACCCUACCUAACCACGGACGUACUCCCCCCUCCCCCCCCCUCCCGCAAGGAACAGCGAUAUAAAUGUUCACCAUUUGCUGCACUCGAGUAGUCUCUGAUGAUGAACUCUAGUUCGAGUUCGAAAGUUCAGGCAAAUAAAUCUACUGUCCCAGUGAUCGUGCCUUCGUCUUCUAUUAAACAAGAACCUGGGAUGCACAUAUUCUCUUGCAUUCGUGAGUUUCCAGUCUGUCACUAAUGCACAUUUUCUUGUGGUAUACGGGAUACCAAAGGUCAGAAUGUUUAUGACAAUGAUGGUUUUGCGAGAAAGUUAGUCUGAAUUUAGUGUCUUAGAAGGUGCUUAAAUUGUCAGAAGGGGCCGAAAUCAACAGUUUGCUUCGAUUUCGAAGGGAACUACUAACUGGCAGGGCUGAUGCUUUGGGUAGAAGUGUCUUCUGAAGGAAGAUACGGUCUGUGACCGAUCUCAUGAAAUGUUGGCUGAAAUUCUGAAAUGCAUUUUCAUUCAGGAACAAUCACUUAGGCGCGGUUGUAACACUGAUUAUCUUGCGGCAUAAUUGUAUAAUAUUUCGGAUUUUGUAGGACGUCAGCUUUUGAAUACGCUGCUUUUCAAUGUGUGGCAGAAACCGUACUUGGUAAAAAAUGACUGCUUAAGUAUCAUGCAUUUUUCCCAUUGAUUUUCGAUGGUCUUGCAAAUUCAAAUAUAGGCAGAAUGGUAUUACCGACAAAGACAAGGGAGACUGGAAUGGCCAUUUCUGGCUUAUUACCCUUCGUCCGCCAGCCAUACCCAAGCUGGAAGUGUGGAACACCCGAGCCUCGAACUCGCGACCUGUUGGUUUAGAAGUCCACGCCUCUUCCCACCGGGCCCUCAAAACAAAUCUGUUUUCUUUCAGUCAGUUGAUGGAGAAUCACGUCAUCUUUAUAGUUUAUAUUCGUAAAAAGUCUCCUAAUUGCCGAAAAAUUUGGAGUCUGUACAGUAGUUGCAUUAGCGCUUAGUGAUUUCAGUCUACAACGUUGCAUGCGCUCCGCUUAAAAAAGCACACAUUUUUCUAUUUCUUUAAAAAGAUAUCAUAUACAGUCCAAACAAUUUUGCAGUGGAUGCAGACUACGUUGUUUAGUGCAUGAAGAGCAGUGGUUAACAGACAGGUACGAUGCUAUAUAAAUAGACGUUGGGCGGUCUUAGAGAAUCUCUUAAUUAGAAAAUAUUUGAAAACCCACUUAUACUCCUUCUACGUCAAUAUCCAGCCUGGUUGCAGAACUAGUCCUGCAGGAGUUGGAAAAAAUCGCCUUCGACCACUAUGAACCUGCAUUUUGGCGCCGGUGCGUAGAUGGCACGUUCGUUAUAAUUGAAAGGAGCAGACUGGCCGACUUUCAAGACCUGCUCAAUGGUAUUUUCCCGGGCAUUCAGUUCACAAGGGAAGAAGAGCAUGCCGAACAGCUGCCUUUCCUUGACGUUCUCGUCACACGCACAUCCAACGGCGAACUCAACAACACGGUUUACACGGCUCUGAUUCUCAACUACCAUAGUAACCACCCAAUGGCGCAUAAACGCAGCUGUGUUAGGGCACUCUACCAAAGGGUAAAAACGCACUGCAGUGAGCCAGAGAGACGAGUACGAGAACUUCGACAUCUUCGGGACCAGCUGACAAGGAAUGGAUACCCGAACAGCUCCGUCAGUCGCUGUCUCCGCGCGCACCCUCGGCGAACAAACGGAGGAGAGCCGCCAACACUCUGGCACCCUCUACCAUGUAUAAAGAACGUGCCCGAAGCGAUGGAACGUAUCGCUGGAGAACUCGGCGGGGGUAUCGCUCACCGUCCAACAGCGACCAUGCGCAACAAAAUCAUGCGAGUGAAGGAUCGACUAGAUGUGGGAGAACAAUCGGGUGUCGUUUAUCAGAUCCCAUUUCGGUCUGCCCUCGCCACUACACAGGACAGACCGGACGACGACUUAGCUCACGAAUAACGGAGCAUAAACGGGCGGUCCGGAGAGGCGACCCGUUGUCUCAGAUCGCCACUCACCCCGGAGGAAGGCCACGAAUUCAACUUCGCGAGCACACGGAUAGUGGCGCGGUCCAACAAUAAGACGGGACGAGAACUGUUGGAGGCCUGGCUGUCUGACACCAACUCUAUCAACAGGCACGUUGACAUACCCCCCUGCUAUCACGCGCUUCGUUCCGGCGGUCAAGAGACGAGACCCAAUUUACAGCCAAGGGUGUACGCUGUCCCGCCGCCGUCAGACGGCGUGGGACUCAGCUUACCGCGAAUGCCACCCUCUGCACUCAUGUCCCCCCCUUCAUGGCUUGACUACAAAAACUGCUCAUUUGAGGUCGCAUUCUCACAGUCUCUGACGCUGACCUCCUGUACGUGACCGAAAGCUCUGACCAAUACACUUUCUGACCCAGAGAUCGUGCGUUCAUCUUCUUUACAAAUAUAUUUGCAUUUGCAAGACCAUCGAAAAUCAAUGGGGCAGUCAUUUUUUACCAAGUACGGUUUCUGCAAGAGAUUGAAAAGCAGGGUGUUCAAAAGCUGACAUCCUGCAGAGUCCGAAAUAUUAUAGAAUUACGCCUAAGUAAUAAUUCCUAAUUGAAGACACAUUUCAGAAUUUCAGCCAACGUUUCAUGAGACUGGUCACGCACUGUAUGUUCUGUAAAUUUCAGAGAUAUCUAAAGCAGAUGUGCUGUCCCAUGAAAUCUUGGCCGAAAUUUAAAUGUGUUUUCAAUUCUAAAAGAUAAUACAAGUAGGGUUGUAAUAUUAGUUAGAAUACAGCGGAAUACCAAGAUACUUCGGUCGCGUCAGAAUGCCGGCUGUUGAAUGAGUUUCUUUCCGUCCGUCUACAAAAACUACACUCCGUACUUCUGUGACAAAAAGUGCAACUUGGCUUGUUGUCUCUCUGAAAGGGCAAAAACUGUGUUCUGCAGAGGCGCUAGAGAAUGCAUCCAAUAAGAUUAGAAUUCACUUCUUGAGAGUGGGUAGUUGGAGUGUUUCCUGGGAAAGAACGCCGUCGAACUGCAAUCAGAACACUAAACGUCAGUAGUUGGAAAAUCAGAUCACUUUACCUGAUUGGAUUUGGGGAAAACGAGGCUAGUGAGCUGUUGAAAUAACGCUUAUCCGCAGCGUUUGGAGGAGUAUUUUCAGGCUCUCAACUUAAAAAGCUCUCCACGAGUUGCGGGAUUCAUUCACCAGAGUUAAGUGCACACGGAUGGUGUUGGAGUAAAAUAUUUGCGUCUCUCUGCCCGCAGAACAGGCUAUAUCAGGCAGAAAGUCUGAUGCAUUUGCAAGAGAAUUAGGGGACAUCCUCUGGCUUGAAAGGUGCAAGUCAAUAAUCAGCCCAAGUUUCAUCCCGAUGCACUAAACCAACACAAGUAAGUAUUUGAAACAUAUCAAGUCUUUGGAACGAUCUAGUACAGAGGUCAUGUCAUUUAAAAUUAAAGGGGCAACGCCAACUGAUUAGAGAGCCCGCAUAAUGGAAACGAGUUCAGGUCUUGCAUGAGGACUACAAACAUCUACCGCUACCCAACUCUAUUCUGCGUUCUCCUGCCCCUAUGCACUUUAUCACACAGACCCUAACCUCCUAACACCACCUAGAAGGUUACCAACCUCCCCCUGCUCUGAGUGCCCAUCAGUGAUGAACGGCUGAUUCACUGUAACAGGACGACAGUUUGACCUACCGUGUGGUCCCCAGCAGAGUGAGAGGGGGGACGGUGACUUGCGCGUGAGUUAGUUUAAAAUGAUAAUGGUCUUGCGAUGCAGCUAACGCACUUCCUCCUUCCCCUACCUUGGCUCGGUGUCCAAAGAGAGUAAAGAAGGCCGGAGGCGAGAGAGGGCGCAGUUGGCUGGCAAGCGAGAAACCCGCACCUAGGCGCACUGACUGGGAUCUUACAUAACCAAAGAAUAGAGGGAAGGCCACUUCGGAUCCCAAAAAAUAUGUCAUCAUUAUCUUAUGGAGACAGCGUAUUUUCAGAUUUGCAAACAGCGUAUUUUGCCAAAACCAUGAAAAGCAGCUAAUAAAACCACAUGCUUUUUCGCUGAAAUGGGCCUUCUUUCUUUACAUCGUCCGCUGAACAAAGCUCAACCUCAGAUCGGGAGAGUGGAGGGUCUGAGAGCGCGUUCUGAUGGUUUCUAAACUACUACACAAACCCCUUCACUUAGACUCAUGACUCGGGCUCUCUGUCUGGCCGUAGGCAGCAAAUAAGACGGAAAUGCUGAGUUCAGUCUGUCCAGCCUUUUCUUCAACAAUGAGCCCGACCGCUGCAAAGAAUCUACGACAGGGUUUCAAGGCAAGGGAUAAAACCCGUAUUUCGCUACAUGAAUAAGCCAGAUUGGAAGAAAUCACCCUCAUAUGAGCAUGCAUAUGACAGAGGAACACACCUAGUAGUUCGCGCCUUCGUACUUCGCUGUAGAGCCCUUAACGACUUUGUCAACCAUUUUUUUCACCCAUGUGUAUGAUUUCGACGUAGUGCAGUUAUGCAAGCAUCUUCCACACCAGUAGACUGCACCGCAGAUCACCAUUCGUUCUGCCAGUAUCACACGUUUACUGUGCAACGAACAUGAUUGCAUCGCGUGGUGGCCCCUAUGACAAACAUGCAAGAUAGUCCGUGUGGCACACGUUUCUACACAACGGCACCAAUGCCGUUCUGAUCGACUGAGCAUCAUCGAUCCAAAACCCCUGCAUCCACAUUCCCGGUACAGCUUGACUGCCUGCAGAUAAUAAUUUGUUGUCUACGUAGGCUCUUCUGGCAUGAAUAGGCGCCAUAUUCGCAGCUUCGGCAGGCUUUUCGCGGGCAGCAGUCUGAGGCACAAAAACAUCCAUCUGUUCUGUGAUUCAGCGCAAUCCCAGCAUAGGCAAUAACCGCGAAAUUAAUACAACCUCUAGGUGCCCCAGUAGACUAGGUGGCGUGAACGGAUAGUAUCCCUGGACGAUACCUCAUUACCGCUUUGAAGCAUGAUUACUUUCCGCUUUAAAAUGUCACAAUCCCAGGAAGUUUUCAGGCAUGUCGGUUUGUGAGUGCCAUUGAGGAAACGUUUUCCGCUCCCUGAAAUUCACUUUAUCAUACUCCUAAUUGUACCUCAUAAAGUGCAAGAGGAGCGAAAUGAUAAAUAAAGCCUUUAUGAUGCACUUUUAGCCGGAUCUCAGCGGUAUGGCAAUGUCCAGCUUCACGGUGGUGGUGGUGGUGGUGGUGGUGGUGGUGGUGGUGGUGGUGGUGGUGGUGGUGGUGGUGGUGGUGGUGGAUAA